AUGCAAAAAACCGUAUAUCACCAUCUAAACCUCUUCACAUUUGAUGGUAUUGGAAGAUUUUUCGUCGCCGAAUGCUGGGUACCCCUUGUACACAUGGACGAUGUGAAAGCUGCGCUUGAGAAGGGAGUGGAAACUUCUGGAUCUACCGUCCGUCCUGUGUUAAAUGUUUUGGAAACUCCUGAAGUACCGCCAACGUACAACAGAACUAAUAAGUUCACCGAAGUUUUCCAAGGCAUUGUUGAUUCGUAUGGAAUUGCAACCUAUCGCGAGUUGAACCCCGCUCCUUUCACCAUCAUCUCAUUCCCAUUCAUCUUUGCCUGCAUGUUUGGUGAUAUGGGUCAUGGAAUGCUGAUGUUACUGGCUGGACUUUAUUUCGUACUUCGCGAAAAGAACCUUAUCGAACGUAAUAUUAAGGAUGAGAUAUUUAGCAUGUUUUUCGGGGGUCGUUACAUCAUUCUUCUCAUGGGACUAUUCUCAGUUCACGCUGGUUUCAUGUACAAUGACAUGUUCGCCAAGUCAUUCAACAUUUUCGGUUCAAAAUGGCUGAAUCCUUAUGAACAAAGCGAACUUUCUCAUUGGAUAAAUCAGUCUUACGUUACUCAUAAGGACGAGUUGCGAGAGAUGGAUCCGGGUUACAGUUUCCAGCAUGAAGAGGGUCCGUAUCUCUUUGGUAUGGAUCCUGUUUGGAACUUGGCCAACAACAGGCUGAAUUUCCAGAAUUCACUGAAAAUGAAAAUCUCUGUCAUUGCUGGAAUUGCACAAAUGACGUUUGGCGUAGUGCUGAGUUUGUACAACUACAGGUAA